AUGGGGACCCCGUAUCCGUUGACAAUGGGUUCUCCUCCGACAGUAUUUCAUAUUCUCAUUCUUCCCUUCUCACUUUUCGCCGUCUACUACAGUACUACUAUCCCAUUCAGUCAUUCUUCCUUUCUCACCUUGCUGCGCCAUCUACUCUACUUUACUAUCUCAUUCACCAUCAUCGAUCGCCAUUCCUGCCACCGGCCACUCCUGCGCCACUCGCCACCGCGUCGUUCUCUCUCUUCAGGCGUGGUGUCUUUCCCCUCUCCACUCCUGCUGCUUCCGCCUCUUCGCUACUCGCUGCGUUGCAUCCCACUGCUCCACCAUCUUUUUUCUGCUCGUCGUCUACUGGAGAGCAUAGCUGCUGAUGCUACAACAGCCACCGGUUGUCCCUCUUCCAAUCCUCUUCCUUCUUCCCAUCAACUUGACUUCAGGAUGGAUAGCUUUAGCUUAACUCCUAUUGAAAAUAAUAAUGAGACAGAACCAACUCAAGAUGAUGAGGGUCAAGCAAUUGAAGCACAUGUUCAAGGAACACAAGAGGAAGGACAAGAAGAAACACAAGAGGGAGGAUAAGAAGUUAGCCAAAGUGUGCAAAACAGUCCUAACAAAAAAUGAUUAACUUCUGAGGCUUGGAAACAUUUUAGGAGGGAGCAAAUAGAUGGAAAGUGGGAGG